AUGUUGGAUCUCAACGACAAGACUAAACUGGGGGGCAAUCCGCAAAGGUCAAUACUGUCCAUCACUUCGCCUGCGAAAUUGAACAUAAUAUCUUCUUCAUCGCUAAGCUCGAGUAAUGGUGCUAGUGCAAUUGAUUGGAAAAAACACAAGGCAAGAGUCGGGAAGUCGACUUCGCUGCCCAGAUCAAAGUCUUUAAACGUUGGUAGAAGGAGUAGCCUGCAGGUAAACUCAGCAGCACCAGGCGGUUCAGAAACAACCAACUUGGGGGGCAAGAUCAGUUCCAGCUCCUUUAAUAGACCGAAGCUGUCGCUCACCCAACCGCCCCUGCUGUUGAAAAGAAACUCCUCAUUCUUCAAAGAUGAUUCUCUAUCGAACAGGAUGACAUCAUUUACGGGGGGCAGCGUCAGUGGUGCGAAUGACAACAAUGCAUUGAGUGCACUGACAUUGGGCAAACCGUUGACAGGAUCGCAUGACUUGGAAGAGGCCUGCUCUGUGAAAACAGAUCGCUACAUCCCACUGUAUCAAGGUAACUUGCAAAAUAAAAUUGACCCUGAAGCUGUCAAAGAGGAGCUUCCACCACCUAACGCAUCUCCAAAAGCUCAUUUGCAAGCACAGACAAAGACUGUAUUCAAGCAGAACGUUGCAGAAGCGUGUGGUUUGAACAUGAACCAGAGAAUCCUACAGUACUUACCGCAACCACCUGUUGCGUCAUUCAAGAGACAGACAUACCAGUUGAAGCAGAGGAACCAGUACAACUACUCGCAGGGACCUCGGGAUAUUAUGAAACUGAGGAAAAUUAAUACAAAUCCAGAGAGGAUAUUAGACGCCCCUGGGUUUCGCGAUGACUUCUAUUUGAAUCUGUUGAGUUGGUCACAGAAUAACAUGAUUGCGAUAGGACUGGAUACAGCAGUUUACAUAUGGGACGCAUCCACUGGAGAUGUCUCUUUGUUAGUAGACUCACCUAAUAGUCUUAUCUCCAGUAUUGUCUGGUCUGACGAUUCUUGUCAUGUUUCCAUAGGGAAGGACGACGGCAACACCGAAAUCUGGGACAUUGAAACGAUGUCCCUAAUAAGAACAAUGAGAUCAGGGUUAGGUGUUAGAAUUGGAUCGCAAUCAUGGUUGGAUACACUAGUAGCAGCUGGCUCUCGGAGUGGUGAAAUCCAAAUCAACGACGUGAGAGUGAAGAACCAUAUUGUUUCCACUUGGGAUCAGCAUGAGGGCGAAGUCUGCGGGCUAAGUUAUAAACCGGACGGGUUACAGCUGGCAUCCGGAGGUAACGACAACACAGUAAUGCUCUGGGAUACAAGGACAUCGAUGCCGCAGUAUGUACAAAGAAACCACAACGCUGCGGUUAAGGCACUUAGCUGGUGCCCCUACAUGCCCAACGUUCUCGCCAGUGGUGGGGGGCAAAACGACAAACACAUCCAUUUUUGGAACAGUACGACAGGUGGACGACUGGGAUCUAUAAACACGGGCUCACAAGUAAGCUCUUUGCAUUGGGGACAGUCCUAUAACGGCAACGGUUCGAUGAACAGGGAGAUAGUAGCCACGGGUGGGAACACAGAGAACGCUGUCUCAGUAUUCAACUUUGAUACGAAAUUCAAAGUGGCAGAGAUUGCCAAGGCCCACGAAUCGCGCAUUUGCACAUCACAACUCUCUCCUGAUGGGACUACGGUUGCGACAGUAGGAGGUGACGAGAAUUUGAAAUUUUACAAAGUCUUUGAGCCUCGCAGGCAGGUGAAAAGGCGGCAGAAAAGCGGUGGAUUGGUGGAAGAUGUAGUAUCCAUCUUUGGGACAAGUUCUGCAUUAACGCUCGAGAGCCAAUUCGACUCGCAUCACACCAACCCGAACAACCCUACAACUGACUCUAGAAAUAAGGAUUCUCCAAACAAAACGACCUCAUCAAACUCAUAUCUCAUUAGAUAA